AUGCUGCGCAAUCUGCAGCUACUGCACACGAGCGCCUCGGUAGGAGAGGUUGCGCGAGUGGGACAGGAGCGUGCCCUCUCAGAGGCAGUCAAAGCAGUACAUCCACUCGUCAUCGCGCAUCUGGUCACAGGGGAAUCGGCACUGUUUGUCAACCCAACAAUUGCAAGUGAGGUUGUCGGCUUGAAGCCUCAAGAGUCCCAGUUGUUACUGGGGUUCCUGCAUGAUCAUAUUCGCUCGUUGGAUUUUAGUUGUCAGGUUUCGUGGGAGAAGGGGAUGGUGCUCGUUUGGGAUCAGAGGUCUAUGGCACAUUCUGCUGUCCCCGAUUUUGAAGAUGGAGACCGACGGCAUAUGGUUCGCAUUAUCACAUAUAGCAGUCAACCGCAAGCGGCCUUUUCUUCAGAGGGAAACCACACAGAAAGAAAUGAAGAGCACCCUUGAGUUCUUCUCAUCCCCCCGGCCUGGAGUAGUAUGUUGAUUCUUCCUGAGAAACAGCCUAGGCUUGCUUCAACUAGUCCUGCUUGCGAGUAUAACCUGCCAUGUGCAAUUGUUUCCAGGAAGAGUACAGAACAAAGCCAGUAAUGUUAUCCAGGCAAAGAACAACCUUCCGAAGCGUCGCAAGAAGUAUUAGAUACUAGUAUCUAUAGAUGCCGACAUGGGCAGAUCCUAAGCACUGUUGCUGGUAUUAGUACCUAGUAGGUAGAUAUCCUCAAUAGACUUACAGGCGCUUGA